GAAAUUGCCAUCUAUGAGAGGAUUGGGGGGUCUGUCGGGGUGUAUUGAGCUCUGGUGUCCGCCAUUCCCGGGGAGAAGGACCUCCGUCCUCUCAUUCUCCGCUCAGGAAGGGCGGACAGGCCUGGCGGGUCUCCAUGGUGACGCGUGUCGCCGCGCAGUGACGUCAGCGGGCCCGGGGUGAUGACGUGUAGUGUUUAUGUCCUGCUGCAGCCGCUGAGGUGACGGUGUUGCGGCGGUCAUGGCAAUGUUCCGGAAUCUGGUGGCCUCAGCCCAACACCGGCAACACCAACAUCACCAGAACCCGGCCGUCCCGUCCUCCGCCGACAGCCUGGAGACCCAAUACGGCUGUCCCAUCUGUCUGGAGGUCUAUCACAAGCCUGUGGCCAUAGGGAGCUGCGGACACACGUUCUGUGGAGAAUGUUUGCAGCCGUGUCUCCAGGUGUCGUCUCCUCUCUGCCCGCUCUGUCGUAUGCCCUUUGACCCAAAGAAGGUGGACAAAGCCUCCAAUGUAGACAAACAACUCUCUUCAUAUAAAGCUCCCUGCAGAGGAUGCAGUAAGAAGGUGACUCUCGCCAAGAUGAGAUCCCACAUUUCCUCGUGUGCCAAGGUCCAGGAACAGAUGGCCAACUGUCCAAAGUUUGUUCCCGUAGUGCCAACGUCUCAGCCCAUUCCCAGUAAUAUUCCGAACCGAUCGACAUUUGUGUGUCCCUACUGUGGGGCCCGGAACCUGGACCAGCAGGAGCUUGUGAAGCAUUGCAUGGAGAACCACCGGAGUGACCCCAACAAAGUGGUGUGUCCCAUCUGCUCCGCCAUGCCCUGGGGAGACCCCGCCUACAAGAGCGCCAACUUCCUGCAACAUCUUCUCCACCGACACAAAUUCUCCUACGACACCUUCGUGGAUUACAGCAUCGAUGAGGAAGCGGCAUUACAAGCGGCGCUCGCCCUCUCGCUGUCAGAGAACUGAAGAUUCUUUUAGGCGCAAGUUUUCCCUUCUCGGUUUUGUCGCCACAGCCGAGGCUUGUACAUUCCUUCCAAAACUAGCUAAUCACUCCCCCAACACCCCUCCCCCAUGCCUUUUUAUUUUACUAGUGUUAUUACUAUUAGUAAGGUGGAAUCUUUUAAGAAUUACAAAAGAAAAAAAGGCCGGAGAUGUCAUAGAGUGCAAUUGUGAAGGGAAAGGGGGCAGGGGCUGAACAAUUCCUCCUUCAUGUGUGCUACCGGGGAUUCUAGUUCCAAAGUGUGCCGCUUUUAUGUAAUAGAAUAAGGAACUCUGAUGUACCUAUAAAACACGCCUAGUGGGUAGGGC